UCCACCGGGACACACUCUCUGAGAGAGAGAGAGAGAGAGAGAGAGAGAGAGGAGGAGAAAAAGAACAUCCGGAUAAAGGAAAAUCCGGAAAUAUCUAUGGCGGGUUCCGGGAAAACUAUAAAAGCCCGCGGUUAAUUUUCGCGGCUACGGAGGGAAAAAUCUUCAAAACGGGGAUAGUUCAGGGCGGCGGACUCCCUAAAUCCCUCAGUCCCCAAAUAUCGGAAUCCGGAAAGGGCGGUCAUGGAGUUCGCCGUCGAGAUUUGUCUAGCAUCCGCAGUUCCCGUUCUUGACUUCCCAGCCGUUCGAUCCUGUUCUGGUGUCGUUCGUGGCCGUUCAGAUCUGAGGCCUCCGGCUUUCUAGGGCUUCACAUGGUGCGUUCCAGCCGUUUGGGUCCUUUUCUUUUCGAAGGUAGGGCAAGUGGAAAACCGGAGUGACUUGUGUCGACUUAUCUGGAAUUUCUGGAUAAGCCGGUGAUGGGAACAGGAACCUGCGAAAGUGUGGCCUCCUUUUCUUAUGCAGGGAAUCAUGGUUUUCGUUGAAAAAACUGAUGCUUCUUGCUUAGGAACUGUUAUCUAUGUAGGAAAAGUGAUGGGUUUGUUGAUGAAAUGUAAUCACUGGGGUGUUUCAGAAGUGAGCACGUUGAGAUAUUCCUUGUCAUGUUUGGUUAUUCUAACUUGUGUGGCGAUUAUUGCUGAAGGAAAAUUGUUGCCACCUAGAUCGAAACUGAUUUGGUUAACUCCUGUUGGUGCUCCGGUUGUGAAGUCCAUCCGUAUCAAUUCUGACAAUAAAGCAGCAGCUGUUAUUACAGAAAUUGCACCUGUUAGUUUUUCUCUUCCUCUGGCCAGGGGUUUGGAUGAUGGUGCGGUUCUGCCAUUUCAUUAUAAGAGGCAUAUUACGCGACGCAGAAGCCUGUCACAUGAACUGGCACCAUUAAACGGACUGCAGUAUAAUUAUGUAAGAGCUUCCGCACAUCCCCCUUCAGGUUCACAUGUACCAGAAAUAUCAAUUCCUCCUGGACCUAAAAGCAGUCCUGUGCUAUCUCCCUUGGAAGAUAUUUCACCAUCACCUUCUGUUAAUGUUGGUGUGAGCCCUGUCUUGUCGCCUCCACCAACACAUGGCAGUGCUUGUUGCAAGCCUGGCAUGAUAGCACGACGAGAUGUUAAAGAAUGUUCCUGCGUAUAUCCAGUAAGCUUGGCGCUGACGUUGCUAAAUGUCUCCUUUGCUUCUAAUUGGAGUGUUGUUUUUCAGAGGGAAUUAGGUUUCCAACUUGGUCUAAAUGAUUCCCAGAUGGAGAUUAGCAGUUUCAAUGUUUUUGGUUUCUCUCAAGUAAAUAUUUCAAUGGAUAUUGCUCCAUUGGUGGGUAUUAGCUUCUCAGCACGGGAAGCAUACACCAUGAACUACACACUUGUCAUGCAUAAGGUUCAUUUUGAUCCAUCAAUAGCUACUGAUUACAAGCUUGUAAAUUUCACCUGGUUUAAGCCGCCUGCUCAUGCUCCAGAGAUUUCUGCUCCACCCUCUCUUAUGUCACCUUCCAUUCCACCCGUCCCUUCCUCCAAUGGAAUAAGAUCUCAAGAUGGAAACAAGCAUCCAAGUUUGCUCCUUAUUCUUGGCAUAGGAUUGGGUGUUCUGGUUAUCCUUGUCAUAUCGGUGCUAGUUAUUUACUCUUCCACAUCGCAUAAGGGGAAGAAGCACCCACCACUUCAGGAAUCAGUGAAGCCUAGGUCCAUGGAUGGUGUUUCAAAUGAUGGAUCUCUUCCUCGCCCUACUAGCACUAGAUUUUUUGCAUUUGAGGAGCUGAGAGAAGCAACAAAUAACUUUGAAGCCUCAAAUAUGCUUGGGGAGGGUGGCUUUGGUCGGGUCUUCAAGGGGAUUUUAAGUGACGGUACAGCUGUUGCCAUCAAGAAACUCUCCAGUGGCGGUCAUCAGGGUGACAAAGAGUUCUUGGUUGAGGUUGAGAUGCUGAGCAGGCUGCAUCACCGGAACCUUGUGAAGCUUGUUGGUUACUACAGCAGCCGUGAUUCUUCGCAACAUCUGCUCUGCUAUGAGCUUGUUCCAAAUGGAAGCUUGGAAUCAUGGCUCCAUGGUCCACGAGGGGCAAAUUGCCCACUGGAUUGGGACACAAGAAUGAGGAUUGCACUUGAUGCUGCUAGGGGUCUUGCAUACCUCCAUGAGGAUUCCCAACCCUGUGUGAUUCACAGGGAUUUCAAGGCAUCCAAUAUUUUGCUUGAGAACAAUUUCCAUGCUAAAGUCUCUGACUUUGGCUUGGCAAAGCAGGCACCUGAGGGACGUGGGAACUACCUUUCGACUCGUGUGAUGGGAACAUUUGGGUAUGUAGCACCAGAGUAUGCAAUGACGGGGCAUUUGCUUGUUAAAAGUGAUGUCUAUAGCUAUGGGGUUGUUCUCCUCGAGUUGCUGACUGGAAGGAAGCCUGUUGAUAUGUCACGACCUUCAGGGCAGGAAAACCUUGUAACAUGGGCUCGGCCCAUUCUUAGAAAUAAGGAUCAUCUGGAAGAUCUAGCAGAUCCAAAGCUUGCUGGAAAGUACCCCAAAGAAGAUUUUGUGCGUGUCUGCACUAUUGCAGCUGCUUGUGUUGCUCCUGAGGCUAACCAGCGGCCAACAAUGGGGGAGGUGGUUCAGUCCCUAAAAAUGGUCCAGCGUAUUGUGGAACACCAGGACUCCUUAAUGACCACUUCCAGCAGGCCCAACGUCAGGCAAUCGUCGACCACAUACGAAUCCGAUGCAACCUCCUCCAUGUUCUCAUCUGGACCUUUCUCUGGGCUAAGUGGCAUUGAUAACGACAACACCUUGCGAACAGCGGUGUUCUCAGAAGAUCUACAAGAAGGCCGGUGAAGGUCAGGUAACUUCCAGCCAUCGGCAGCAGCUUUUGAUCGCCUUAAUUGGGCGACCUGUAAAAAUACAGAGAAGCAAGUUCAACUGCUACAAGGGGCAUGGAUUUGCAUCUCUUGCAUCAAUCCAGGUUGCAUUGAUCUGAUUGGGCCUUCUUUGAGACUGUUAGAUGGGUCUCGUUGUAAAUUUCUUUGUAUUUUUACAUGAAUUCAAUUGGGCUUUGAAGUAAAUUUUGUGAUUUGAUUGGUUUUUAUGUUUUUUCCCCUUCUAAUUGUUUCCCUGAAAAAUUUUUGUAACGAGAAAUAGUUUUCUCUUUUUCUGAUCUUUAUAAUGUAAGCUGCUGCUUAUUGAGUGCAA